AUGAGCCAGGCCAAUCCUGCGGAUGACCCGGACCCCAGCCCUGAACCCCUGUGUGUGGUGUGCGGCCAAGCUCACUCCUCUGAGGAAAACCACUUCUACACCUACACGGAAGAUGUGGAUGAUGACCUCAUAUGCCACAUCUGCCUGCAAGCCUUGUUGGACCCCUUGGACACUCCCUGUGGCCAUACUUACUGCACUGUCUGCCUUACCAACUUCCUAGUGGAGAAGGACUUCUGCCCUGUGGAUCGCAAGCUUGUGGUUCUGCAACACUGCAACAAGUCUAGCAUCCUGGUCAACAAACUCCUCAACAAGCUGCUGGUGACCUGCCCGUUCACGGAGCACUGCUCCGAGGUGUUGCAGCGCUGUGACCUUGAGCAGCACUUUCAGACAAGCUGUAAAGGAGCCUCCCACUACGGCCUGACCAAAGACCGGAAGAGGCGCUCCCAAGAUGGUGGUCAAGAUGGCUGUGCAAGCCUCACAGCAACGGCACUCUCCCCAGAUGUUUCUGCAGCUGCCCCAACCUCCUUACUGACAGAUGAGUCAGGCCUGGACAACCCUGCCUACGUGUGCACAGUGGAGGAUGGCCAGCCAGCAAACAGUCCAUCAGAUCCUGGCCGGAGCAACCGAACUAGAACACGGCCCUUUGAGCGAUCUACUAUCAGAAGCAGAUCUUUUAAGAAAAUAAAUCGAGCUUUAAGUGUCCUUCGGAGGACAAAAAGUGGAAGUGCAGUUGCCAACCAAGCUGAGCAUGGAAGGGAAAGUCCUGAAAAUCCCACUGCCCCUGAAGUCUUUCCAAGGCUGUAUCACCUGAUUCCAGAUGGUGAAAUCACUAGCAUCAAGAUCAAUCGAGUGGAUCCCAACGAAAGUCUCUCCAUUAGGCUUGUGGGAGGCAGCGAAACCCCGCUGGUCCAUAUCAUUAUCCAACACAUUUAUCGAGACGGGGUGAUUGCCAGAGAUGGCCGAUUACUGCCAGGAGACAUCAUACUAAAGGUCAACGGGAUGGACAUCAGCAACGUGCCUCACCGCUAUGCCCUGCGUCUCCUGCGGCAGCCCUGCCAAGUGUUAAGGCUCACGGUGCUGCGGGAGCAGAAAUUCCGGAGCAGGAACAACGGACUGGCACUGGACCCUUAUGGCAUCCAGGAUGACAGUUUCCAUGUGAUUCUUCACAAAAGCAGCCCUGAGGAGCAGCUGGGAAUAAAACUGGUGCGCAGAGUGGAUGAACCUGGAGUGUUCAUUUUUAACGUGCUGGAUGGUGGCGUGGCGGACAGACACGGUCAGCUGGAGGAGAACGAUCGUGUGUUAGCCAUCAAUGGACACGACCUCAGAUAUGGCAGUCCAGAAAGUGCAGCUCAUCUGAUUCAGGCCAGUGACAGGCGCGUCCACCUCAUCGUGUCCCGCCAGGUUCAGCAGCAGAGCCCUGACAUCUUCCAGGAAGUGGGCUGGAACAGCAAUGGCAGCUGCUCCCCAGGGCCUGGAGAAAGGAACCGCACUCACAAGUGCCCCCACUCUUCAGUCACUUGUCAUGAGAAGGUGGUAAGUGUCCGAAAAGAGCCCAGCGAGUCUCUCGGCAUGACCGUGGCCGGGGGAGCGUCACACAGGGAAUGGGAUUUGCCCAUCUAUGUCAUCAGUGUUGAGCCCGGAGGAGUCAUAAGCAGAGAUGGACGAAUAAAAACAGGUGACAUUUUGCUGAAUGUGAAUGGCAUUGAGCUAACAGAGGUCAGCCGGAGUGAAGCCGUUACAUUAUUGAAAAGCACAUCUUCCUCGGUGGUGCUCAAAGUUCUAGAAGUCAAAGAACAGGAUCUCCCGGAAGACUGCAAUGACCCAGCAGCCCUGGACUCCAACCACAACAUGACUCCAGCUGGCGACUGGUCCCCAUCCUGGGUCAUGUGGCUGGAAUUGCCACGAUCCUUGUAUAACUGUAGAGAUGUUGUAUUACGAAGAAACACAUCUGGAAGUCUGGGCUUCUGCAUUGUAGGAGGUUACGAAGAAUACAAUGGGAACAAACCUUUUUUUAUUAAAUCCAUUGUUGAAGGAACACCAGCAUACAAUGAUGGAAGAAUUAGAUGUGGUGAUAUCCUUCUUGCUGUCAAUGGUAGAAGUACAUCAGGAAUGAUACAUGCUUGCUUGGCAAGGAUGCUCAAAGAACUUAAAGGAAGAAUUACUCUCACAAUUGUUUCUUGGCCUGGCACUUUUUUAUAG